AAUGUCGCUGUUCCUUUACGACUAGUCAGCAGACGUCAUCACGAUUGGGAGGGCAACGCACAGCAGUUGUACCGCGUGGAGGCUUGGUAUGAAUUCCCCUGUGCAGAAGAGAAGGCUACCGAUUGUUUCUCACAUAAACAAUAGCGUUUAGAUGUAAAUGUAUUCGGCUUCAACGCAUUGCUACAAGUACUGUCAUAUUUUACCAUAUUUGGUUUGCAAUAAUGGAUUUAUCCAUUGCAACUGUCUGGACAAGGUGCGCCACGGUUCUCUUUGUAUUCAGCGGGAUGUGGGGAAUUGCUUUGCCCAUUACUCGCUACUCUAUUCCCGAGGAAAUGCAAGAGGGUUCCGUUGUUGCAAACCUGGCUACAGAUUUGGGACUUGACGUUCGUGCUCUGGUGACACGCAAGGCAAAGCUUGACAUCAUUCACACUAAGAAAUAUUUGGACAUUAACAAAGAAACGGGAGAGCUAUUCAUACUUGAAAAGAUAGACAGGGAAUACAUAUGCUCGAGCAAGACAACGUCUUGUUUUCUUAAAACGGAUGUCAUACUUGAAAAUCCCAUUCGUAUUUUUUACAUUGAGCUUGAAAUCAUGGACAUAAAUGACAACGCACCUAUCUUUCGAAGGGAGACAAUGCAAUUGGAUAUUUCAGAAUCUACCGCUCCAGGAGAGAGAUUCUCUUUGACAAAUGCUGUGGAUGCAGAUGUCGGUGCGAAUUCUAUUAAGACUUACUAUUUGAGCGAAAGCAAGUAUUUUACAAUUGAAAUACUGACUGGAAGCGAUGGCUCUAAAUAUGUAGAUUUGGUUAUCAACAGUAAUUUAGAUCGGGAGGAACAGGCGGUUCAUAAUUUAAUAUUAACCGCUGCAGAUGGCGGGGUUCCUGCGCGCUCAUCCACAGCCAGUAUCAUCCUUAUGGUUCUGGAUAUCAAUGACAAUGCCCCCUUUUUUAACCAGCCGAUAUAUGCUAUUAAUGUAACUGAAAACUCCCCAAUUGGAACUCUAGUAAUGAAGUUGAGCGCAACAGACUUGGACGAGGGCAGCAACGCAGAGAUUACAUAUUCAUACACGUUAUAUACAUCCGAGAAGACACAAGAAAAGUUCUCUCUAAAUUCAAAUACAGGGGAAAUAAAGGUGAAGGAUGUGAUUGAUUUUGAGGAGAGUCACAGUUUCGAUAUAUAUAUUCAAGCAAGAGACCAAGGAUCGAAUUCGUUAUCCGGAGAUUGUAAAGUAAUGGCAUUUAUUACCGAUCUGAAUGACAACUAUCCUGAGGUUACCAUUACAUCUUUUAAAAGCACGGUCAAGGAAGAUGUUUCCAUAGGAACAUUAAUAGCAGUGAUCAGUAUAAGCGAUAGGGACUCUGGGGACAACGGUGAAGUUGAACUCACUUUGAACCAACAAGCAUCCCUACCCUUCAUUCUCGAUAAGUCUUCGGAGGAUUACUUUGCUCUGCUUAUUUCCGAACCACUGGACCGUGAGACAAUUCCAAGAUAUGACAUCACUUUCAUAGUCACAGACAAAGGAACACCUCACUUAUUUGACAAUGAGACAAUCACCUUGGAAAUACUGGACGUCAAUGAUAACGCACCAGUAUUCCCCCAGUCAUUCUACACAAUCCAUGUUGUGGAGAACAACGUCCCCGGGGCACUGUUGACGUCACUCAGUGCUUUUGACCCCGACCUCCACGAGAACCAGUAUCUGGUCUAUUUUAUCAUGGAGAAGGAGAUCAUCAACACGUCUAUGUCCAUGUUGUUCUCCAUUCAUCCAGAGAAUGGCAACCUUUAUGCUCUAAAGACCUUUGACUUUGAAAGGGAGAGGGAGUUUCUUUUCCACAUAGAGGCCAGAGACUCUGGGUUACCUCCACUCAGCAGCAAUGUGACAGUUCACAUCAUCAUUUUGGACCAGAAUGACAACACCCCGCUCAUAGUGUCGCCUUGGCGAGCACAGGGCUCGGUAGUUGAAGAGGUGAUCCCGAGGUCCGCUGAUAAAGGAUUCCUGGUUGUCAAAGUGAUCGCCAUUGACACAGACUCAUUACAGAACUCCCGGGUCACAUAUCAGCUUCUACAGACCAGUGACUCUUCUCUGUUCAGUCUAGAUCAGUACAACGGGGAGAUCCGGACCACGAGAAUGUUCAGCUACAGGGACCCCCGUCAUCAGAGGCUGGUUGUUGUCGCCAAAGAUAAUGGAGACCCCGCUCUUUCGGCCACAAUUACCAUCAAGAUAUCAACAGUAGAACACAUGGUGACGCCAUUCUCAGAAACUACUGAGGUGCCUUUAGAAUUUGACUUGUUCACAGACUUAAAUCUCUAUUUGGUCAUCGGUUUGGGUUCAGUAUCCUUCCUGCUGUUGAUCACCAUAUUGGUGGUCAUUGUGCUGAAGUGUCAGAAACCAAAGCCCAUGAAGAUGCCUCCUGCUAUAAAUAUGAAUCUGAACAGUCUGAACAGGAACAGUGUGAUCAGCAGAAACAGUUUUAUCAGCCAGAGGUGCUCCACCAUAGCCGAUUCCACCCUCAUCUCCAGUGAUGCCUACUGGUACAGCCUGUUUCUAGCAGAGACCAGGAAAGGCAAGGUGGUUGUCAGACAGCCUAUAGUACCCAAGGGAGCAGGCUACUUUGUGUCCAGUAUACCCAGAAGCACAGGUCCUACAGAGACCAGCGACUCAAGAGCAUCCACACUACAGAGACUCACGGCAAAGCUCUAAGCACGAAUAAAGCAGAGGAUUAAGGAUUCCAGGGCCAGCAGUGACCUGCCAUGAUGUCCUCAUUCUGGGGUAUUCAGCUGGAGAAUGUUCAAAGAAGUUAAGAGCGACACCAACACCCCUCCUUCAAUCACUGGGAUCCAACAGUUACCUCUGGGGGCAGCUCCUCCAACCCUCUGCCCUCUUCGAACCGACCACACCUGUAGACUGUAGACUACCUUCAUCAUUUUCCAUCAAGCAUGAAUCUGCAUGGCUACAUCGACAGGUACUUGCAUUUAGAAAAUAUCCUGAAGAAGAAAGGAACUUAACAUGAGGUCUUUAUGCAUAGCACUCUCUGUUAACAUGGGAGCAGGCACUCAAUAUCUUCCAAAAUCCUACCUUACCUCUCCAGGAAAAACAUGACACAAAAGGGAUAUUCUGUCGUGUCCUUGUGAGGGUACCUCAUUGUGAUGUCAUAAUGCGUUUUUGGGGUAUGUGUGAGAGGUCACAAUCAAAGAACAACAAAAACAUGUACAAGAGAAUGAUGGUGCCAAUGCCUUCCGUAACUCGUUUAGCUGGUGAAAUAACCAUCUCAGUUCAUCUGUGAAUGUGUAGGGUGCACACUGUAGGUAAGAACUUUUGUUUAUUUUGAUUAGAAAUAAGACUUAACAUUUUUCAUCAUUUUGGCUUUCUAGACCUUGUUUUUGGCUCCGGACAUCAACCUAUAGUAUGGAAUUAUUCAUUUCCUGAUACAUGGUGUUGGAUGUGCAUGUUGAGUUGCUACUAUAAAAUAGAUCAAUACCUGAAACCUGUCAUCCAAUGAGCCAGGUAGGAGAGAAGUACCCCAUGUUGCUCCACUUCACAUUGCAGACAGAGUUAAUAUAUUCUCACAGUUCAAAUAUUCAUGAGCACAUUUGACGGUGGCACUAUAUUUAGUAUAUUUUGAUGAUAGACAUUUCCUUCUCAGCAUAUCUAUAUAAAGCACAGACUAGAAUCCAUUUUUUUUGUGUGAGACCAUGUCCAAGGAAAUAGUCAGGACAGUGACACACCAGGAUUUAGCUCCUACCUGCCUAAACAGUGCAAUAUGACGGUCAACCUAGAAAACACUAUGUAGAAUGGCUGUAGCACUAAAGGGCUUCACUUUACAACAAUUUAUCAUACCUCCAUCUGAGUUUUGUCAACUUACCUGUGCAGGCCUCUGCCCGGUUCCGAUAACUAACACUUUCCCUGCACUGUGAACAAGCCUCAGAGAAUCAGCUAAAGGAGAAAUCAACAUAAAACAGGAGGUUUACGGGAAGAAACCAUGUGUACUUUAAAUGAGAAAUGUUACUAUAUUCACUUAACAAAUGUGACUUUUGAAAGUAUUUAUCAUUGUAUAAUCAAAAUGUAUUGUAUGUUUGGCAUGAUACAAUACAAUACUCUGGACAUGUUUUUAAAGUUUACAAUGUUUUAUGAAUUUGUAUGUUGUUGUUUUUUUAAAUAUUUGGACCUAACAAUUCUUAAUGCUACUUUUUGUGACUUAUUCAAGUGCAUUGUGUAGUCUACUGUAUUAUAUUUGUAGUGCAAUAAUACAGCAUUCAAUUAUUUUAUCUGA